AUGGAUCUACUACGGCGACGUGAUGCGACAUGGUCACGUGAACAGCGUGAACUAAUUGCACAUGCCUUGAGACUUGUACGUCGUAUCUCUGAACGCGGUGCGCUUGGGAAAGAUGCGAAAUUCCACGUGUUUGUUUUAUUGACAAUGAGGUAAGC